AUGAUUGUGUUUUUGAAAGCAUCUACCAACAAUAAAGCUGAGACAGUUCUUGGUUACUUUCAGAAUGCUGUACACCAGUACAAUUUGCCAUCAAGGCAAAUUGAAAGAUUGUGGCGAGAUGUGAAUCGUGUUAUUUGCAGCCGCUUUCUAAAUAUCUUCCUGUUCCUUGAACAGAGGAACCUGUUUGAUCCAUCAAACGAAUUGCACUUUUAUUGUCUUCAUCUUGUUUAUGUCAAGUUGAUAAACAAGGCUUUAGAGGAAUUUAUUGGACAGUGGAACAACCACCCAGUCUCAACAGAGUGCAACUUUACUCCUAACCAACUCUGGGUACAAGGUAUGCUAAACUUGAGAAAUUCUUGUUAUUCUGCAGUUUCAUCAGUUAUUGAGGGGGAAGUGCCUUUUGCAGACAUUGAAAUGUAUGGUGUUGAUGAAGAAGAACUUUUACCAAAUGAACAGGAAGAUUAUGCAGUAGUUGUUCCAGAUACUAGAGUUCCCUUAAGUGACAUUCAAGUGCAGCAGUUGUCUGAAGCAUGCAAUGAUAUUCAAGAAUCUGUCGAGGGUGGGAAUGGGAUUGCAUCUUAUCAAUUAGUACAUGAGGUGUUGUAA